UGUAACUUUCAUACACACAAGAGGAUAGAUAGGAGAACCUCUCUCUCUCUGUUUCUCUCUCUAAAUAAAUAUAAAAAUAAAAAAAAUGUGUAUAUAAUUAUAUAUACCUUGCCUGAUGCAAAUUCCUUUUUCUCAUACACAUCCAUCGCUCUGUGUGAUACACAACUUUCCUUCAUUAUAUAUAUUUAUCUGUUUGAAUCAACCAUAAUUGUAAAGACAAAAGAAACAAAGGGAACCAAAAAAAAAAAAAAAAGAGGGCCUCUCGCCCUCUCUGCUUAUUAUGCCUUCUCUCAGAUCUUAGAUUUCAUCAAUUUCUCAUCUGGGUUGUUGUCUUCAUUUGGAUUGAUUGGAGUGUGGGGAAGUGCGGAAUGGAAAUGGACCCUGGCAAGCUUUUCAUUGGCGGGAUUUCAUGGGACACAAAUGAAGACCGACUCAGACAGUAUUUCCAGAAUUUUGGAGAUGUAGUUGAAGCUGUGAUCAUGAAGGAUCGCAUCACGGGGCGUGCCCGUGGAUUCGGAUUUAUUGUUUUUGCUGAUCCUUCUGUUGCUGAGCGAGUUGUUAUGGAGAAGCAUGUCAUAGAUGGUAGAACUGUUGAAGCAAAGAAGGCUGUCCCUAGAGAUGAUCAGAAUGUUCUGAACAGAAGCAACAGCAGCAGUCAUGGGUCACCUGGUCCGACUCCUACCCGCACAAAGAAAAUAUUUGUUGGAGGUCUGGCAUCCACAGUUACUGAGAGUGACUUUAAGAAGUACUUUGAUCAAUUUGGAACGAUUACAGAUGUUGUUGUGAUGUAUGAUCAUAACACUCAAAGGCCUAGAGGUUUUGGAUUCAUCACAUACGAUUCUGAGGAAGGAGUUGAGAAAGUGCUGCAUAAAACUUUCCAUGAACUGAAUGGUAAAAUGGUUGAGGUUAAGAGGGCCAUUCCGAAGGAAUUAUCUCCAGGUCCAAGUAGAGGACAAUUAGGUGGAUAUGUUUAUGGUAUAAGUAGAGUUAGUAACUUUCCUAAUGGUUGCAUUCAAGGAUAUAAUCCAAACCUUGUUGGUGGGAAUGGACUAAGAAUAGACGGUAAGAUGAGUCCCGUUACUGUUGGCCGUAGUGGAUAUCCUCUUUUGAGUCCUACUUAUGCGACAGGACUCAACUUUGAGCCACAAUUGAGCCAAAAUGAAAGUGCAAACUUCACAUCUAACUUUGUCUUAGGACGGGCAUUGAACUCUUAUAGUGCAAGUCCAAGCAGGUACAAUAAUGCCAUAGGUUAUGCUGGUUCAAGUGUUGGCAACAAUUCAACCAUAAGUUCUACAAAUCAAAAUUUGUGGGGGAAUGGAAACCUUAAUUAUGCUACUAACCCUACAAGCUCUGAUGCUUUUGUUGGUUAUGGAGGUGAAAAUUCAAGCAUGGGUUCUUUUGGUAGUAUUGGAUCACUUUGGAGUUCCUCACUUGGUACUGAUCAAGCUGGAACUAUUGGCUCUGGAUUUGGUAGGAGCAGUCUUAGUUAUAGGUCUGGAGAUAUGAUUUUAGGGUCAAAAACAGUAGGUUAUGGAAAAGGCAGUGAAAGCAUUGCUGCAUCAGCUUCAUCAUUUGCUUUAUCAAAUGGCAGUUAUGAUGAAGCAUACAAAGAUUCUUAUGAAACUGGACCAUUUUAUCAGGACCACACUUGGAGAUCAUCAGCUUCAGAACUAGAGGAUUCUGACUCUCUUGGUUUUGGCCUUGAAAAUGUUGUUUCAGAUUUAAUGAGCAAAAGCUCUGGUGACCACAUUAGGGCUUACGCUGUUGCUGCUAAUAGACAAUCAAAUAGAGGAAUUGCUGCCUAGGAAGAUUAUGCUGUGGAUGUUCUAAUGUUUCAGUGACGCAUGUCUGGUGCAGAACAUGAAUGAAUGUGGAAAGCAGAAUUUUUAUUGUUUCAAGAUUGGAGAUACUUUAGUGCUUCAAAAAUUUCGUUAGAGCUAGUUGGUUUGGUUGUGUUCAAUAACUUACAAAUGCAUAGAGCACUUACAAAGGCCUUUUACAAGGGUUGAUUGAGCUUGAGUGAAAUAUAGGUUCUCUUUCUUUGUGAUUUUGAGACUUGUAAUCAGGUUAUGGAGUUUGUCAGAAAUGUCAUAUGAUGUACACCUCCCAUGACAGAACAAUACACAAAAACAAGCAAACCUCCCCCUUUUUUUUUUUGUUAUUUUCUUUUCCCUUUUCAAACUGUUCUUAGUCCCCUUAUCAUGGCAGCUGGGUUGGAUCACAAUGCCAGUGUCUUCUAUUAAUUAUCCCUUGUUGUUCAGAAUUUUGAUUUUUCAGAACUUGUAAGAAUACAUGGUUGAUUUCUCUGUGAUAUCAUAUUAUCAUGGAAUUCUCA